AUGAAGCGUAAAAUAGAUAAAGAAGAUUCAGAGAAUGGACAGGUGGUAGAUUCAAAUAUUGCUGAAGACAGUGAUAUCCGUGGUGAUGAAGGAAAUAUUGCAUUACUCCUUUUUUUAUAUUUAUUACAAGGCAUUCCGUUAGGUCUUUGUAGUGCAAUGCCAAUGAUCCUUCAGAAUAGACAUAUUUCUUAUAAACAACAGGCUGAAUUUAGUUUUGUACAAUGGCCAUUCUCAUUAAAAUUACUAUGGGCACCAAUAGUAGAUGCUAUUUACUCACGUAGAUUUGGACGUCGUAAGACGUGGUUAAUACCUACUCAAUAUGCGAUGGGUAUUUUUAUGUUGUAUUUAUCUGGUUGUGUACAAGACUGGUUGGGUUCAGAUACUGAAGCACCAAAUAUAGGAUUACUUACAAUUUUAUUUUUUACUCUAAAUGUCCUAGCAGCAACGCAAGACAUAGCUGUCGAUGGUUGGGCAUUGACAAUGUUAAAAAGGUAAUUUAAAGAUUAUUAAAUACUAACAGUCUGCCCCAGCUUCGCACGGAUAUUUAACAACAAUUUUAAAAUUAAUUAUAAUAUAAUAUAGCCUAUAUCACCCGGGGAUAAUGUGUAGCUUCCCAACAGUGAAAGAAUUUUUCAAAUCGGUUCAGUAGUUUCGGAGCCUAUUCAAUGCAAACAAACAAACAAUCAAAUCUUUCCUCUUUAUAAUAUUAGUAUAGAUUAAAUUUCUUGACAUAUUUUUAUUAUUUAUAGACAAAAUGUAGGAUACGCAUCAACUUGUAAUAGCGUUGGUCAAACGGCAGGAUAUUUCCUGGGUUAUGUUUUAUUUAUUGCCUUGGAAUCUCCAACACUUUGCAAUAGCUAUCUACGUUCCGUACCUUCUGAUCACGGAAUUUUAACACUACCUGGAUUUUUAUACUUUUGGGGAUGGAUAUUUAUUGCUGCAACGACACUAGUUGCGAUAUUAAAACACGAAGUAGACGAAAAACAUGUUAAAAGUGAAGAUUUUUUCACAAAUAUCAAACACGCUUAUCAUUUACUCUGGUGUACGAUAAAGCUACCGUCAAUUAAAACUACAGCAUUAAUUUUACUCACUACCAAGAUUGGAUUUUCCGCUUGUGACGCAGUAACAGGAUUGAAACUUGUCGAUGCUGGAGUACCAAAAGAAAAAUUAACAUUGAUGGCUGUGCCAUUGAUACCAAUGCAAAUUAUUUUAUCUUGUGUAGUAUCUAAAUACACAUUAGGACCACGUCCAAUGGAUAUUUACUUGAAGGCGAUGCCGUAUAGAUUAGCAUUUGGGCUAGUUGCCGCUGGUUUAGUUUGGGUCACACCGUCUUUCGUCAAUAAUGGUGACGUACCAUUAUAUUAUUGUAUUAUUGUUAUUACUUUUUACGCAAUACACCAGGUAUGUAAAAAUACUUUUAUUUAAAACUAUGACAUCAAAGUUAACAGUUACUUGAUAAUUUUUUAAUUUUUUUUUUUAACAAAAAAAUUUGUCCCAAUAAAUUAUUUUUGAAAAAUUGCAUUUUUUUACUUUUUAAAAUUUCUACUUUAGAUUUUUUUUAUAAUUUUUUUGCCGUACUUUUUUUGUUAUAAAAUUUUUAAAAUUAUUAAAUAUAUGCUAAAUUAAUUUUUAUUUAAUAUUUGAUUUGUAAAUUUGUUUUAAAUUAUUUAUUUUUUUAAUUAGUUUGCUUCGACGAGUAUGUUUGUUGCAUCCAUGGCUUUCUUCGCUAAAAUAAGUGAUCCAGCUGUUGGAGGUACUUACAUGACAUUUUUAAAUACUCUGUGCAAUCUCGGUGGUAAUUGGCCAGCGACAGCAGCACUUUGGUUUGUUGAUACAUUAACUUGGAGAUCAUGCAGUACUGAUCCUGCUAAUGAUUGUAGUACUUCCGUAGAGCGUGAGCAAUGUGAAAUAGGUUCCAAAGGGACUUGUCUUACUGUGCUCGAUGGUUAUUACAUUGAGAGUAUUUUGUGUGUGAUUGUGGGAUACUUAUGGUUCAAAUGGGGCCGAAGAAAAAUAAAUUACUUACAAUUACGACCAAUUUCCGCUUGGAAAGUGAUACCUCAAAAAAGCUAA